AUGGCCGCUCAGGAUGCAAAACUGGCUGAGGAUUGGAGCACCACUGUGAUCGUGAGCAGUACUUUGCAGGAUCAUGAGGUGAUCGCAACGCUGAGGAAUCAACAGCAUAAAAUCCGUUUUUCAAAAUCUCUGUUAGCUGGAUCUAUCAUUUUUCCUCUGUCUGGCAUAGCAUUUUUGCUGGCAAACGCCCAAGAGGCCCUUGGCAGUCAGAGAGAAGAUGCCUUUGAUAAAAUACAGCAAUUCACAUCUAUUCAUCGAAACAGCUUCCUAGUGCUAGUGGCAGCUCUCCACGGACCGGAGGAACGUGACUUAAUGUUCAGUAUUCAGCUCAGGUUUCUUGGAAGUAACUUAAAAAUCAUUCCUGCUCAUAAUAGCGUGGAGACGGUUAAAAGCAUUUUAACCAUAGCUAAGGCUACCAGCAAACCUCACCUUGAAAGUAUACGAGACAGACUUCUCCAGGCUAAGAUGCAUAUUGCUGAGAAUAGCCCCGUGUGGAAAACGCUAGAUGAGCUCUGA